CAAACCAAAUUUCUAUUUUCUAUCUUCAUUUAGCAAACAAUAUAUACCUUUCUUUUUCAUAUACAUAUCUUACAAAUUUCAAUUUGUUGCAAUAAUAUUAUUGAGUUUGAUUAAUUAUAUUUCCAAAAUAUGAAGCCUACUUCAAAUUUGCAUGGUCUUAAUUAUGAUCAACAAAAGAAGAUAAUCCUCAAUGGUCCUCGUCCUUCACCUUUGAUGAUUCAAAAGCCUAAUUCAUCUCACAAACCACAAAGGGUACUUCCUAUAAUCAUUUACACUCAAUCACCAAAGAUUAUUCACACAAAAGCACAAGAUUUCAUGGCUCUUGUUCAAAGACUCACAGGCAUGUCUCCUACCAAUCAACUACUGCCACGUCAGCAUGGAUUAUCUGAAAAUAAUUUUGAUUCUUCUUUUUCAGAUGGAUCAAACAAUAUUGGUGAUGAAACUACUUCAACAAUUAGCUCAAUUGUUAAGAGGGAACAUAUUAAUAUUAAUGAGAGUUGUGAGAAGGGGGGUGUAACUAGUAAUGUUGAUGAUCAACAAUAUUAUAGUCCUAAUAAUAUGAUGAAUUUUGCUGAUAUGCCAUUAUACACACCAACUUCCUAUGAUUUCUUUUGCUCUAAUUCAUCUAGACCAGUUUAUCAAUUUUCUGAUUCUCCAUAUGGAAUUUUGGGAAGUUUGAUAUCUCCUUCUGGAUUGGGAUUCAUCCAAGAUCUACCUGAAUAUUAAUUCAUUUUGGUUCAUAUGGUUGUUGUUCAUUUUGUGUGCUAUAUAUAUUAGGCUAGUUUCUUAAUUAUUUUUUCAUAUUUUAUUUUUGUAAAGUUUGUUGUAUUAAUUAGUUUCAUGGAGUUGAUGUGCUAUCACACAGGCAACCAUGAAAUUGACAUGAAUUACCUAGGAGAUUUAAUUCAUUCUUUUGGACAUAAAAGAUUAGCACAAGAUUGUUAAUUUGGUUUUGUAGUUACCCUCAUUUUCAUGUUGUAUUCUAUUUAUUUCCAUGUUUCUUUCUUGUUGCAGAAAA